CCCCCGACUCCCGCCCUCUCGUUAUUCGCUACUUGAUGGCCUGCAUCAACGCCGUCGACGGCGCGGCCACGUCGCCAGUCGCCGAGGCUGCCGUUAACGCCUUCGCCACUUUUGCCGAUUCAUCGAACGUGCCUGCGGUUACCGAACUCAGCAAGACUUUGCAGGCCUUCCAGCAACGCCUAAAGUACUCGAAAUACUGCAAGAAAGAGUGCACCGCGCUUGCAAACAAAUGUGGCGACUGGGCGCAAGAAUUCGAAGAAUGGGCAAAGGCUGUCGACAACACCGAAUUGGCUCACGUUGCUAGCGAGCAGAGCAUGCGUUUCGAGGACAUGAUGCUCAGAGUCACGAAGAUAUCCUCAAGAUCGCGUUGGAAACUGUUGUGGGGCGCCGAGAAGGUCAAACGCGAACUGAACUCCGUGGAGGACGACAUGAAGCACCUCCACGAGCUCUUCAAGACGCGCGCCACAAUGAGCAACGACGCCACGGCCGACCGCGUCCUGGAGAAGGGGCAGGAGAAUUUGGCGCUCACAAGAGAGCUGAAGGCAGACCUAGUGCAAGCUCGGGUCCGUGCGACGCCUUCUGGACUAAGCAAGUCCGAGGGAGAGCAGAUGUGGAAAGAAUUCGAAGCCCAGGCUGGCAGGCCCAGUCAGGUGCCUACCCCUAAUGCUGCGAAGAUGGAUGAGCGGGAUCAGGACCUCAUCAAUUCAGGAUUCCGGAACAUCACCCUGCCUGAGAUCCGGUCUGCCGUUGCGGACUAUGAGAAACGGACGGGGGUGCGAUCGGUUGUACCUGACCUGAAAGACGAGGUUUUCGUCAUAAAGGCAUCCAAUGGGGAAUAUCAGGAGUCCACUGGCAACGCCCGAACCCAGAUCCACAUCGGUAACUACAAAGGCCGCCGGGUUGCGGUCAGGAGAUACGUAGUUGGAGUAACCGAUAUUGACGAGCUGAGAGAACGUUUCCUUGCCGAGAUUUUGAUCUGGGGGCAGCUCAAUCAUUCACGCAUCCACCACUUCUUUGGUGUGACCAACGAUACCGCAUUGGCGCAUACUGUGAUCGUCUCAGAAUGGGAAGACAACGGCAAUGCCGCAGACUACACCACCAAGAGGCCUGGCGAUCUGGCUGUCAGGCUCCGUUUGUUGAUUGGCGCGGCCGAAGGCUUGAUAUAUCUGCAUGGCCUUGGCAUCGUACAUGGGAAUCUUAAAGGCCGGAACAUCCUGGUCUCCAACGAGGGUGAGGCCCUCAUCACCGGUUUCCAACGCGCGAAGCUAGAUGCCGAUACUGAGGAGGACAAGGUGGUAUCUACCCGGCGAGAGACGGACCAGAACUGGACGGCGCCGGAUCUAGCGGACGCAUACCGACGGCCGUGCGCAAAGCUUGAUGUCUGGGCGUUCGGCAUGAUCAUGUACGAGCUGCUGAGUGGGCGGGUGCCCUACCACGACAUUCGGGGUCAGGGGCGAAUCCUGAAGCAGAUCACGAUCGGAGUACUGCCGGAGCGGCCCCUGCACGCGCUCGUCACGGACGAGCUGUGGGAGCUCAUGGGAGACACCUGGAACCAGAAACCUGAGGAUCGGCCUAAUAUGGAACAAGUCCUUGUUCGUCUACGUGUGCUGCAAGCGACGAAUGACUUACAGAACGCCAGUCCUUGAUUUUGGUUAGAUGAUAUGCGCACGCUGUAUUGUAACCGUCGUCAUAUACGACCAUGGACUUACGGACCCUAGCAUAGAAUACCCUGCUCCGGGAUUUUAUAUUUCAAGCUUGUCAUGUGCGUUCUGUAGUUGUGAACUGUAGGAUACCUUUCU